GGUAAUACAAUAGAGGACGGCGUGAACGCGCGGGUAAGCAGCUCGUCCUGACACCGAGAAGAAGCGCAACACUGCUUUCAAUCAAUAAACUGGUGCGGUCUGGGCGGUGAUAUCAGUGUUGGAGACAAGAUGUCUACACGUAGGAUCACUCAGGAAACGUUCGAUGCUGCCGUCAGGGAGAACAUGGAGGAGUUUGACAUGGAGCCUGACGAGGCUUUGGGGGAAGCUGUGGAGCAGUUUGAGUCUCAAGGCGUGGAUCUCACCUGUAUAGUAAAAGCUAUACCAGCCGCAUCUUCCGAUGAUAAAGAAGAGGAGCAAACACAUGAGGUUUUACAGGCUUUGGAUUCCUUGAGACUGGGACAAGACUCUGACAGUAUCACGGAACACGUAACAGACAUCCAACGCUUCACAGAGCAGUGCUCACUUGGAUUUGCACAGCGUUACCUGGCAGCUCAAAAAGAUGCAUAUCCCCUCAUCCUCUCCUACUGCAAAAAGUGUGUGGAGGAUAAGGACACUGCACUGCCUGCUCUGCGUGCUCUGGCUGCACUGACUGACGGACAGCCAGACCUUUUGGAUGCCAAAGGUCAGCAGUUUCUCUUGGAUGUUCUCAAGAAGUACCAGGAAGACUCUUUGGUGAUGCGUGCAGCUGUUCUCGUUGUACGUCACUGCUGCCUUAAACAUGAACAGAACAGGCAGGAUUUAGUCAAAGGAGGAGUCCUGCCCCUGUUGACCACUGCUGUCAAACGACACGUUCAGUGUGCAGAGGUAGUAAAGGAGGUUUCUGCAGCUCUCAGAGUCAUGACAUUUGAUGAUGAUGUCAGGGCUACAUUUGGACAUGCUCACGAACACGCUAAGAUGAUCGUCCUUGAGAAUAAUGCGCUGAAAGUCCUGAUUGAAGCUGCAAAAGCUCACCAAACUAAUACUUCUGUCCUGAGUGAACUUUGUGCAACUUUGGCUCGCCUUGCUGUAAGGAAUGAGUUCUGUCAGGACAUUUGUGACCUGGGAGGAUUAAAGUUUAUGGUGACGUUGCUCUCAGAGAGCUACGAGACAGCGGAGUUGGUUCGUCAGGUCCUGAAUGCAAUACGAGCAGUGGCAGGAAAUGAUGAUGUAAAAGAUGCUGUAGUGAACGCCGGUGGAGUCCAGCUAAUUGUCAUUGCCAUGAACAGACACAUCAGUAACUCUGCUGUGUGUGCAGAGGGCUGUGCUUGCCUCUCGGUCCUUGCUUUGCGUAAACCCAACAACUGCAAAGUCAUCAUGGAGAACAGUGGUGCCCUGGCUGCAGUGCAGUCCAUGAAGACACACACAAAUGUGGUCAAUGUACAGAAACAGGCUUGUAUGUUGAUCAGGAAUCUGGUUUCACGUACACAUGAAUACAACCAACUGAUCCUGGAGAUGGGAGCAGAAGCACUGAUCACUCAGGCUAUACAGACCCAUCAGGACUGUGGGGAUGUCUGUAAGGCUGCUCUCAGAGAUCUGGGAUGUCAGGUGGAGCUUCGUGAGCUAUGGACUGGCAAACGUGGCAAUCUUACCUAUUGAUGGCAGAGAAAUAGCAUCAGUGGACAUCAUGUUCUCUGCACAUUAUUCUAAGUAGUUGUUUAAGAUACUCACGAUCUGUUGUUUUUGAGGAGCUUGUGAGUAUCUUAUUUGGAAAAAUAUAGAUAAAUGUAUUCCUGUUAUUAAAUAUUUCUCAUUAUAAUUAUUCUCUGGUCUCCAUUUGGAUUUGAAGGUGAAGUUAAAUACCAAAAGAAAAUCAAAAUGAUUGUGCUGUACAAGAAUAACACUACUGCCUUAAAUUUCAGAAUUUAUUUUAUAUUUAGUGAGGCCUAUGAUCCAAUUUAAUUUAAAACAAACUAGUUCAGAGGAAGUGGGACAAAAACAAUAAAUAAGUACACUGGGCUCAUUAAGACAAUGCAAUUGAUUCUGUGUUCAGACUCGUUAGUUUAAAACCAGUGCCAAACAGAUACAACAGUACAUGCUCUCUAGCAAAUUAAGCAAAUGUUGGUGGAGAUGUCAUUCUAUGGUUCUGUUUUUAAACUGUCAUCAGUACAAGUUAUAAAAAGGUCAACAUAACAGUCAAGUUUGAACACAAAUAUAAAUAAUCUUGUAAUAUUUUUGGAAUAACAACAACAACAGUUAAUUGGAAAUAAUGUGCCAUGGAAUAGUAAUUAUGUUUCAACAGAUGUCAAAUACCUUACUGUGUACAGUAUGUUUACAAUGAUAAAACAUUUCUGUAUUUUUUUUUCUUUUUCCAAGACUUUACACCAGAAAUGUAGACCGACCUCAGUCAAAACAUCUGUAUAACUGUGUCAAAACUCCUAAUGUUACAUUUGUCUUGAGUGUGUCUCCAUAUUACAGUCCUCAAAAUUUUAGUAAUAUAACAUAUUAAACAUUAAAAUGCUGUCAUUGCCUUUUA